AGAGCAACUGGCAUCUGACCCAUCUCCGCCAUGUGACUCUGUCUUCCACCCACCUACCCCCCGCCCGGGCGCGCCCUCCCUCCCAGCGCCCGGGUCCCCAUUCUCCGCUCGCCCCGCACCAUGUUUCAGCGGGAUCGGGGGCAGCUAACGUCGCCCCUGCAGCAUCCCAGCCUCCGGAGACAGGUAGAGCCCGUGCUACUAUUUCGCCUCUUCUACUGUACCUUCUUGGUGUGCACCAAAGAGAUCGCAGCCCUCACUGACUUCUCCGGUUAUCUAACCAAACUUCUGCAAAACCACACUGUGUAUGCUUGUGAUGGUAACCGUUUGAGUCUUCAGUGCCCUCGACAUUCUACAAUUAGUGUCCAGUCAGCAUUUUAUGGUCAAGAUUACCAAAUGUGUAAUUCACAGCAGCCUGCAACCAUGAUGAAAGACCACUUAACCUGUGUGGCACCCACAGCUCUGCAGAAAGUACUGGAUGAAUGCCAGAACCAGAGAGCCUGCCAACUUCUUGUCAAUAGUCGUGUUUUUGGACCUGACCUUUGUCCAGGAACUACUAAAUACCUCUUGGUCUCCUUUAAAUGCAAACCUAAUGAAUUCAAAACGAAAACUGUCUGUGAAAACCAAGAGCUGAAACUUCACUGCCAUGAGACAAAGUUUCUCAACAUUUAUUCUGCCACCUAUGGUAGAACAGCAUCUGAGAAGGACAUCUGCUCUUUUGAAAAAGAUUAUCUUCCUCAGUUUGAUUGUUUAUCUUAUUCAGCCUUGGAUGUAUUAUCAAAGAGGUGUUAUGGAAAGCAGAGAUGCAAAAUCAUUGUCAACAAUCACCAUUUUGGAAGUCCUUGUCUGCCAGGAGUGAAAAAAUACCUCACUGUGGGCUAUGCCUGUGUUCCCCAAAACAUACUUACAGCGGUUGAUCCAAUGGUUUCUAAUCUAAACCCUUCUUUGAAGCAGAAAGAUGGUGACUCUGAUAUAAACUUUGAUCCAAGCAAAUCAAAGGCUCUGGCGAAAGAUGGAGUUAUUGUCAGCAACUCUUUGGCCACAUUUGCUUACAUUAGAGCUCACUCCGAAAGAGCUGCUCUGCUGUUUGUGUCCAGUGUUUGCAUCGGUUUAAUCAUCACGCUCUUUGCUGUGGUGAUCAGAGUGUCAUGCUCCAAAGACUUCCAGAAACUCAACCAGAGGAAGAAACUCUUAGUGCCAGAAAUGGACAAGGCAGAGGAGGACAGCGAGGAUGAGGAAGUGGAAGAUUCUUCAGACUCAGACUUUCCAGAUGACAGGACGGGAUUUUUCCGGACUUCUUAUCCAGUUUAUAGUUCUACAGAAGCUGCCGAGAUGGCAGAAAGGAUAGAGCGCAGAGACCAGAUCAUUCAGGAGAUAUGGAUGAACAGUGGUUUGGAUACCUCUUCUCCGAGAAACAUGGAUCAGUAUUAUUGAAAGCCGAAUAUGGACCGAGAAGUAUGUGGAUGGGGGUGGAGGGAGGAUCACCAGGCUGAGAUUUCCAAAUCCUCCUUAAGGUUUUUGUCGCUUGUACCUUCUGUGAAGGCAAAUUUGCAACAACACCUAAUAUUAGUGAAAAUGGGAAAAAAAUAUAAUAAAAGGAAUGAUUUUAAUUA